UCGUUGCCAUAGACUCAUUGGUACUCUCCGUUGAACGUCUUAAGCGAACACUUGUUGGAUUCUAAAGAACGCAGUCGGCCGUCGGUUUCAGUGUUAAGCCCCACAAAAAAGAAAAGCAAAGCAAAAAAUAUUGCCCAAGAAAACAAGGCAACAAAAAGAAAGUGGAAAUAAUUGUUUUACAAAUUUCUGGUGUUGAAACAAAAUAAAAAAUAUUGUGUGAGUGAUACAAAAAAAAAAAAAAAAAAAGCAACAACAAAAAGAGCAACAACAUCAAUAAAUAAAUAAAAAAAUAAAUUAUAAUAAGCAAAAGUGAAAAUUGUUAAUAAAACAAAAGUAAAGUGUUAAACAAAUAAAUAAAUCAUUAGUAAAGUCAAGUCGAGCACCCCACCCCUGGAUCUUAUCAUUUUUAACGAAGCGGUUUCAACGGAACUGUGUUUGCCGCCAAAUUUACAAAGAGCAACCGAGCGAGUCGUAAAUCUUGGGAGAGCGUUGUUGGCGGAAUUUUCCUGUUUGUACAACUAUUAAAGUACAACAACCCUUCCCCUCGGCCAUAAUCGCAACUAGAAAAAUCACAGAAAAAACUAGCCACUGCUUAAUACAAAUUAAAUAGAAAAGCAAAGGCAGCGAAAAAAAAAAAUAAAGCCGACCAAGGAAAAAAGGGCAAUCAUCAGCAACAGUUUGUAACGAAAUUGCCUAGAGGAGAGACACACAGUCACAGUCGUCCACACAACUACAACUGCAGGUCCUGGCCAUUUCGUUAUCCUCAGCCAAGUGUUGGAUCUCUUUGUUGGUGACAUAUGCCAGCCGUCUAAUGUUGUUGAGAUAUCUUUGUCUGCUGCAGAAGAAAGAAUAACCACUUGGGCUUAAGUACCAGCACCAUCAGCAGAAGCAGCAGCCGUCAUCAACACAUGUGUGGACACUUGUAGUGGAACAAGACGACGACAUUGUGCUUAGGUAAGAAGGAGAGCGUGGACAAGCACACCGUCAACAAAAUGGGCGACAACAUAAUUGGUUCGGCAAGUUUCUUGCAUUUGGGUGACAUUGUUUCACUCUUUGCCGAGGGCAGUGUUUGCGGAUUUCUCAGCACUCUUGGUUUGGUUGAUGAUCGUACCGUUGUGUGUCCUGAGGCAGGCGACUUAAAUUAUCCACCCAAGAAGUUUCGAGAUUGCUUGAUAAAAGUAUGUCCCAUGAACCGCUACUCGGCCCAGAAGCAAUUCUGGAAGGCCGCCAAACAAUCAGCCAGCUCGAAUACGGAUACAAAUUUAUUGAAGAGAUUGCAUCACGCUGCCGAAAUCGAAAAGAAACAAAAUGAGACGGAAAACAAAAAACUGCUGGGUACAGCCAUCCAAUAUGGCAGUGUGGUCCAGUUGCUGCAUUUGAAGUCAAACAAAUAUCUGACCGUAAACAAACGUCUUCCCUCGCUGCUGGAGAAAAAUGCCAUGCGAGUGUAUUUGGAUGCCAACGGCAAUGAGGGUUCGUGGUUCUACAUUAUGCCCUUCUACAAGCUACGCUCCAUUGGCGACAAUGUCGUGGUGGGCGAUAAAGUCAUCCUAAAUCCAGUCAAUGCCGAUCAACAAAAUCUCCAUGUGGCCGCCAAUUAUGAGUUGCCCGAUAAUCCGGGCUGUAAGGAGGUGAAUGUUUUGAACUCCUCAACCUCGUGGAAGAUUACCCUGUUUAUGGAACACAAAGAGAAUCAGGAUCACAUUUUAAAGGGUGGAGAUGUGGUGCGGUUGUUUCAUGCCGAGCAAGAGAAAUUUCUCACCAUGGAUGAGUAUAAGAAGCAGCAACAUGUCUUCCUAAGGACCACAGGGAGGACCAGUGCCACAGCGGCCACAUCCAGUAAGGCAUUGUGGGAAAUCGAGGUGGUCCAACAUGAUUCCUGUCGUGGCGGAGCUGGCCAUUGGAAUUCCUUGUAUCGUUUUAAACAUUUGGCAACGGGUUAUUAUUUGGCUGCAGAGCUGGACUCUGAAAAUGGAGGAUCAUUGGGUAGUGGCAUUAGUGCCAGUAGUGUGGGCCAGCUGCAGCAGCAGCAACAGAUUCAUCAGACCCCAACCCAGCUGCUGAAUAUUAGUGCCGAGAAUGCCAAGGAUUCGGGAAUUAGCUGUAAUUCCACGAUGAUAGACAAAGGCAAAUUGGAGCAUUAUCGUCUGGUUUCCGUACCCUUUUCCACCGACAUUGCCACCGUUUUCGAGUUGGACCCCACCACCAUGGCCCGGGCGGAUAGCUUGGUACCCCAAUCAAGUUAUGUUCGUUUGCGCCAUCUUUGCUCCAAUACCUGGGUCCAUGCCACCUCCAUACCGAUUGACAUUGAUGACGACAAACCGGUUAUGUCCAAGGUUUGCUGUUCCCCUGUCAAGGAAGACAAGGAGGCGUUUGCAUUGAUACCAGUCUCCCCAGUGGAAGUUCGUGACUUAGAUUUUGCCAAUGAUGCCUGUAAGGUGUUGGUGGUGGUAACGGCGAAAUUGGACAAUGGCACCAUUUCGAUAAAUGAAAGGAAAUCCCUGAUAUCCCUGCUGCAGGAUAUUGUCUAUUUCAUAGCUGGCAUGGAGAAUGAACAGAACAAAACCAAGGCCCUGGAAUUGACCAUCAAAAAUCCCAUCAGAGAUCGCCAGAAGUUGUUGAGAGAGCAGUACAUUCUCAAGCAGCUAUUUAAAAUCCUACAAGGACCUUUCCAAGAACAUCCAGGAGGAGAUGGUCCCUUCCUAAGGCUCGAUGAGCUUAGCGAUCCCAAAAAUAGUCCCUACAAAAAUAUCUUCCGUUUAUGUUAUCGCAUUUUGAGAUUAUCCCAACAGGACUAUCGCAAAAAUCAGGAAUACAUUGCCAAACAUUUUGGCCUGAUGCAAAAACAAAUUGGCUAUGAUAUCCUGGCUGAGGACACCAUUACAGCGCUGCUGCACAAUAAUCGUAAACUUCUUGAGAAACACAUUACGGCAGCGGAAAUUGAAACAUUUGUAGGACUCGUCAGGAAAAACAUGCACAAUUGGGAUUCGCGAUUUUUGGACUAUCUCUCCGACCUGUGUGUCUCAAAUCGCAAGGCAAUUGCUGUCACCCAGGAGCUGAUAUGCAAAAGUGUUUUGAGUACAAAAAAUUCCGAUAUACUCAUCGAUACCGAAGUGAAAAUUGUCAAGGCCCCGAAAUUUGGAUUUCCCAAACAAAGCGAUAUCAACAAGCCCCUGUCGCCUCUAACCGAAGUUGUGGAUGACGAUGACAAAUUGGAUUUGAUUUCCACCAAGACAAGCAGUACCUGGGAUUUACGUAGCCUGGAUGGUGAUGCGGAGGGCGAUAAUGUCAAAUAUGAAAUUCAUUUGAAAUGGAAGGGAUUGAAGGAAUCCCGUUCCAUGGCCGAUUUGGCCAACUGUGUGGCCCAAGGCAAAGAACAAGAAAUCGCCAUUUUGAAUUAUUAUCGCCACCAGCUGAACCUAUUCUCGAAUAUGUGUCUGAAUCGCCAAUAUUUGGCCUUGAAUAAUUUAUCACCCCAUUUGGAUAUUGAUUUGAUUUUGAAGUGCAUGUCCGACGAAACCAUGCCGUAUGAGUUGCGUGCCUCCUUCUGCCGUCUGAUGUUGCAUUUGCAUGUCGAUCGUGAUCCCCAGGAACCGGUAACACCGGUAAAAUAUGCCCGCCUCUGGAGUGAAAUACCAUCGAAAAUGUCAAUCCUAGAUUACGAUGGCAAAAAUCAACAACCCGACUACAACAAGGAAGCUGUUCGGGCCAAAUUCAAUACCACCAUAGCAUUUGUGGAGAACUAUCUUUGUAAUGUGGCGGCCAAAGUUUGGCUGUUCACGGAUCAGGAACAGAAUAAGCUCACCUUUGAGGUGGUGAAAUUGGCCCGCGAUCUCAUCUACUUUGGCUUCUAUAGCUUCAGUGAUCUGCUGCGUUUGACCAAGACUUUGCUUUGCAUUCUGGAUUGUGUGUCGGAUAGUAGCAUUGAUAGCUCCACGGCAGCUGGACCAAAUGCAGGACGAUUUGAGGCUGCUGUGACAGAUUCGGCCGAAGAUGAGGAUUCCAAAAUUGCCGAGGGUGGUGUUCUACGGUCCAUUGGUGAUAUGAACACCGUCAUGACUAGUCUGGCAUUGGGUUCCGUGGGCCAAGUUAUGGCCACACCGGCCAUCUCCUCAUUACAGCAGCGCAAAUCCGUAUCGCAAUUGAUGAAGGAAUUCCCCCUGGUCAUGGAUACAAAAUUGAAAAUCAUCGAAAUUCUACAAUUCAUUCUGGAUGUCCGUUUGGAUUAUAGAAUUAGUUGCCUCCUAUCGAUAUUCAAGCGUGAGUUCGACGAAAGUGACGCCCAUCAAUAUGCCAAUCAGUCGGAAGCAGCCAGCGAUAACACUUCAACUUCCAACACAACAUCUUCCACAUCCACCUCGAACACGAACACAACCUCCGGCACCCAAGAUGCCCAGUCAUCGGCAGCUGCUGCUGCUGCCUUCCAACAGCGUCAAAAGAAUAUCGAUUUAGAGUCAAUUGGCAUACAAGCUGAGGGCAUCUUCGACUGUGACAGUGGCGAUGCCGCCAAUUUGGAUUUAGACGGCCAGGGCGGUCGUACAUUUUUACGUGUUCUCUUGCACUUGAUUAUGCAUGAUUAUCCACCGUUAGUGUCGGGAGCAUUACAUUUGCUAUUCCGCCAUUUCAGUCAACGUCAAGAGGUGUUGCAUGCAUUCCGCCAGGUACAACUUUUGGUUUCCGACAAUGAUGUGGAAUCCUACAAGCAAAUUAAACACGAUUUGGAUAUUCUACGGCAAAGUGUUGAAUCAGAAUUGUGGGUCUAUAAAUCAAAAACUUCCGAGGAAUUAAGUACAACUGUAGGAGAAUCUUCUAUAGAUAAUAGCAAUCUAACCAACGAAUAUAGAGCUUCGCUAUCGACUGAACAAUUGGCCGAGUACAAAAAGGUCAAAGAAAUCCUAAUACGCAUGAAUCAAUUUUGUGUUACCCAAGGUCCCUAUGUCAAACCCCGCAAACAUGAACAACGCCUGCUGCGAAAUGUCGGCGUCCACACUGUGGUCUUAGAUCUCUUACAGAAUCCUUACGGAAAAGAUGAUGUCCUAAUGAAGGAGUUAAUGUUUUUGGCCCAUGAAUUUUUGCAAAACUUUUGUUUGGGCAAUCAACAGAACCAGGUUCUACUGCACAAUCAUUUGGAUUUGUUCCUGAAUCCGGGGAUUCUGGAAGCCAAAACCGUUUGUGCCAUUUUCAAGGACAACCUCACGCUCUGCAAUGAAGUCACCGACAAAGUUGUACAACAUUUUGUCCAUUGCAUCGAGAUACAUGGACGCCAUGUGGUAUAUUUACAAUUCUUGCAAACCAUUGUCAAGGCUGAGAAUCAGUUUAUACGCAAAUGUCAGGAUAUGGUUAUGCAGGAACUGAUCAAUGCCGGCGAAGAGGUUUUGGUAUUCUACAAUGAUAAAUCAUCGUUCAAUCAGCUGGUUCACAUGAUGCAAACCCAGAAGACACCACUGUCCGAUGAUAGUCCCUUGAAGUAUCAUGUAGAAUUGGUAAAGCUCUUGGCCUGCUGUACCAUGGGUAAAAAUUUGUACACCGAGAUCAAGUGUAACAAUUUGCUGUCGCUGGAUGAUAUUGUGGCGGUCAUCUGCCAUCCGGCCUGCAUACCGGAGGUCAAGGAGGCCUAUGUGGAUUUCUUGAACCACUGCUACAUUGAUACCGAGGUGGAGAUGAAAGAGAUCUAUUCCUCGGGUCACAUGUGGAAUUUGUUCGAGAAAAGCUUUAUGGUCGACAUAAAUUUGUUGAUCAAUACCGGCAUCAAUGCCGACAAGACCCUCAUCAACUAUGUGCUGAAUGGCAUCUGCACCAUUCUGGCCAGCUUUUUCAGUAGCCCCUUUUCCGAUCAGAGCACCAUAGUACAGUCUAGACAAAUGAUAUUCGUACAAUUACUGCAAGUCUGCUAUCGUUUAUCUCAAUGCAAAUGGUUGAGUCUGGCUGAUCGCUUUAAUGUCGAAAAUUGUAUACGUACUUUGGCUGAGUCGGCAAAGACACGCAGCAUCGCCAUACCGCUGGAUCUGGAACAGCAAGUGGUGACCAUGUCGAGCAAAACGGCUCUGCUGACCAGGCAGACCACCAAAUGGCUAUUAGCCUCGAAACAGCCAAAAUAUGAGACACAGCAUUCGGCCAAUUUAAUGCGAUUAGACAGGUCCAUUAUCGAGGGCUUGCAGGAUAUUGUCUCACUGCUGGAGGAUCAAUUGAAACCAGUGGUGGAAGCAGAAUUGUCACUGUUGGUGGAUAUAUUGUAUCGAUCGGAAUUGUUGUUCCCCCAGGGAACGGAGGCAAGAAAAAGAUGUGAAUCGGGAGGUUUCAUUAGGAAACUGAUCAAGCACACGGAGAAGUUGUUGGAGGAAAAGGAGGAGAAAUUGUGUGUGAAGGUUUUGAAAACCCUGAGGGAAAUGAUGGCCAUUGAUGUGAAUUAUGGAGAGAAGGGAGAUGCCUUGAGGAGUACGCUGCUGAAACGUUAUUUCGAUAUAAAGCCUUCGAAUACUUCAAGGACGCCAGUGGAGCCUAAGACGGAUAUUUUGUCACUGACCCAGGAUCCGCAAAAACAGCAUUUGAACUUGGUGACCCAUGGUCCGGGGGCAAAGUAUUUGCAAAGAGCCGAAAAAACUCUACACGAAGUCCAAAAUCAUUUGGAUCGUGAGGGUGCCUCAGUGGUUAUCGAAUUGGUUAUUAAGUCAGUGCAUAGUCCCUCAAUUUUCGUGGAGGCCAUUGAACUGGGUAUUGCUUUGCUGGAGGGUGGUAAUCCAAUCAUUCAAAAGGGCAUGUACACCAAAUUCCUGAGCGGAGAUCUCAAUCAGGCCUUCUUCAAGGUCUUUUUCGAUAAAAUGAAGGAUUCCCAACAGGAAAUCAAAUCCACGGUCACAGUGAACACCUCCGACAUUGCGGCCAAGGCCCAUGAAAGUAAACAGGAUGUGAAUUUGGAAUUGGAUAAAAUCUCAAGGAAACAUGGCGUGAAAACCAAUGGGGUGGUCAUAACCGAUGAGUUGAGGAAGGAGCUGCACAAUGCCGGACUGGCCACAGCCAGGGCAUUUAGCAACGCCCGCAAUUUGCAUGCCGGAGAGGAUUCCAAUUCCCUAAAUCUCAACAGUCCCUUCGAUGAUAUUCUGGCGGAGAAAUUGGAAAAACACAAGGACAACAAAGAGGAUCGCAAUAAAUUGUCCAACAAGGUCUUGGUUAUGCAGCCCAUACUCCGAUUCAUGCAAUUGCUUUGUGAAAAUCACAAUCCUGAUCUGCAGAAUCUGCUGAGGAAUCAAAACAACAAAACCAAUUAUAAUCUGGUGUCGGAAACUCUCAUGUUUUUGGAUUGCAUUUGUGGUUCGACAACGGGCGGCUUGGGCCUGCUCGGCCUCUAUAUCAACGAAAAUAAUGUGGCUCUCAUCAAUCAGACACUGGAAACCCUGACUGAGUACUGUCAGGGUCCUUGUCAUGAAAAUCAAAAUUGUAUUGCCACCCAUGAAUCAAAUGGUUUGGAUAUUAUCACAGCCCUGAUACUCAAUAACAUUAAUCCGCUGGGAGAGAAUCGCAUGGAUUUGGUAUUGGAAUUGAAAAAUAAUGCCUCAAAACUGUUGCUGGCCAUUAUGGAAUCGAGGGGAGAUGGUGAGAAUGCGGAGAGGAUUCUCUACAACAUGAAUCCCAAACAAUUGGUUGAUGUUGCCUGUAAGGCCUAUCAUCAGGAGGAAAUGAUCGAUGAUCAUGAUGGCGAUGAGGAUGGUGUGGCGGCGGAACAUGAUGACGACGAUGAUGUGUCGGUAAGUCCACGCGAGGUGGGUCACAACAUCUACAUACUGUGUCAUCAGUUGGCCCAACACAACAAGGAAUUGGCCAGUUUGCUCAAGGUCUCCGAAGAUCCACAGUCUCCCAACUAUGAUGCCAAAAUGAGUCAGGCAUUGAUGUAUUAUGCCACGCACACUGCUCAAAUUGAAAUUGUUCGCCAUGACCGAACAUUGGAACAAAUUGUCUUUCCCAUACCCGAAAUCUGCGAAUACCUGACCACAGAUACCAAAAUGAAAAUAUUCCAAACGGCUGAGCGCGAUGACCAGGGUUCCAAAGUGGCGGAUUUCUUUGAUAAGGCUGAGGAAAUGUUUAACGAAAUGAAAUGGCAAAAGAAACUGAGAGGUCAACCAUUCCUAUUUUGGGUCAGCAGUUACAUGUCCCUCUGGAGUAAUAUUUUAUUCAAUUGCGUUGUUGUUAUUAAUAUAAUUGUUGCAUUUUUCUAUCCCUUCGAUAACACUGUGCCUGAACUAAGCUCUCAUAUUUCCUUACUAUUCUGGGCCAUAAUGAUAUUUUCACUAGUGAUAGUGGUGACUUUGCCACGAGAAUCGGGUAUACGAACGUUAAUCGGGUCAAUAAUAUUACGAUCGAUAUUUUUGCUGGGGCCAGAGUCAACGUUGUGUCUGCUGGGUGUGGUGACGGUAACGCUGAAAAGUGUCCACAUCAUCAGUAUAAUGGGCAACAAGGGUACACUGGAGAAACAUUUCUUGAAAAUUAUCACCGAUUUUCAACUGUUAUACCAUUGUAUCUAUAUAUUCUUUUGUUUUUGUGGUCUGAUCUUUCAUCCGUUCUUCUAUUCGCUGUUGCUCUUCGAUGUGGUCUACCGUGAGGAGACUCUGGUGAAUGUUAUACGCUCGGUAACCCGUAAUGGACGCUCAAUUGUCUUGACAGCUGUGCUGGCCUUGAUUUUGGUUUAUUUGUUCUCCAUAAUUGGUUAUAUGUUCUUCCGUGAUGAUUUCUUGCUGGAAGUCGAUGUGGAUCAUGUUGAAAAUGCGGUGGAAGCAGCCACUCUAUCGGUUAACCCGGACAGCACUUGUUCCACACCCGAUAGUUUGGAGAACCCGAAAUUGAUCACAACCGGUGAUGGUGAAGUCAAAGAACGCUCAUGUGAUUCCUUGGUGAUGUGCAUUGUGACCACCCUAAAUCAAGGUCUGAGGAAUGGUGGCGGUAUUGGUGAUAUUUUGAGGGCGCCAUCUAGUAAGGAGGGUCUUUUCGCUGCACGUGUCAUCUACGAUCUGCUCUUCUUCUUCAUUGUCAUCAUUAUUGUUUUGAAUUUGAUUUUCGGUGUCAUUAUCGACACAUUUGCCGAUCUGAGAAGUGAGAAACAACAAAAGGAAUUGAUACUUAAGAAUACCUGUUUCAUUUGCGGUCUCAAUCGUUCGGCUUUUGAUAAUAAAACGGUUAGCUUCGAGGAACACAUCAAGUCGGAACAUAAUAUGUGGCAUUAUUUGUACUUCAUUGUACUGGUCAAGGUGAAAGAUCCCACAGAAUUCACAGGGCCGGAAAGUUAUGUUUAUGCCAUGGUUAAGGCAGGCAUAUUGGAUUGGUUCCCUCGCCUAAGGGCUAUGUCUUUGGCGGCCGUCGAUGCUGAUGGUGAGCAGAUUGAAUUGCGUAGCAUGCAGGCCCAGUUGCUGGAGACGCAAAUGUUAAUCACCAAUUUGUCACAACAAUUGCACGAACUCAAGGAUCACAUGACGGAGCAGAGGAAACAGAAGCAGCGUUUGGGUUUGUUGAACACGACGGCCAGCAGUUUUAUGACGGGCUAUCAGUUUCAGUGAAUGACCACCUUAGGAAUUGACUAGAAAUAAAAAGCGACCCAAAAAUUAUGUGGGUUUCCCCCUAAACGAUUUCUACAUGUAAAGCGGUUUCUGUUUUUCUUUUUCGAUUUUUGAAAUUGGACGAUGAUGUUUUUCUUUUUUUUAAUUGACGUAUUUAUUUUAUAAAGUAAAUAGUUUUAGAUUAAGGUCUGUUUUGCUAUGAUGAACGAAGGUUUAAAGCAGGUUUGUCGCAAAUUCACAUAUGUAAAAUUUGCCAGAAAGAGAAAUGAGUUUUUAGGAGAGAGGGCCAGGAGAAAAAGUGACAUUCAACUCUCUUCUUUCUCACAAAACUCUGUUUUCUUUUCCGUAAUAUUUUCUAGUGUGUUUGCCGACUUUGUUUUGAUUUCCAAAAGUGAUGCCCAGACAGCUUUCGUUUCUCAUGGCAAAAGAGACACAAAAAGUGUUUUGUAGGGAUAUAUAGAUCGAUAUUGGAUUGAGGCGAUUAAAUGACUUUUUAUGUGAAGAAAAAUACAAAUGAAACAGAAUAUUCUACAAAAAUUGAUUAAGGAUGUAAAUUUGACACUUUUUUCUCUCUCUCUCUUCCUCUAUCUCUUUCUUUCUCCUAUUAAUUCAUUUAAUUCUAAACUCCAACGUUUUAAAAUACGCGUUUUGACCCAUAAUAGAGGGAAUUGACAAACUAAAUGGCGCGUUUUAUUAAAACUGGUUUGAUGUAAUUAUAAAAUCUGUUGCAUUAUGUGCGGGAAUCUUAAGGUGAGAACACAUAAAAGGAUUUUUUGACUGCCUUAAGUCAUCGACUGUUUUUUUCGGAAAAGAACCAAGGAGUCUUAGGGUCUCACUGAAAGUGAGAAUCAGCAAAUUUUUGUUUGCCCAAAAUUCUGCAACGAAAGGAAACUAUUUAAAAUCUACGAAAGGUACAAGGACUUACAAUUAAUUUUAAAAACCUUUUCGCCAGAAAAUUUCGUCGAACUAUCAAACUUCAUUCACAAAUGCAAUCUUCAACUCUGAUUUUCUCUAACUGUGAGAUAGCAGAAAUAUAAACAAAACAAAGAAUACGAUUAUUAAGUAAUCAAAAACCAAGUAGCUCUUGGUAUAUGUGUACUUCGGGUACCUGCCAAUCAUGACGAAGAACGAGAAAGAUAAUCAAAAAAAAAGUAGUCUAUGGCCAAAAUCGAUCUAAGUCAACCUAAAACUCCUUUGUUCCUCUACGAAGAAGCCAGCCAAUGGCUUAAGCCAGUCAAAAGAGCCUUUUAUGUACUUUCACCUUUACCCUUUUUACGUAGCAAAAUUCAAAGGAGAAUCAUGUUUACACUUCUUAGUCAAAGACAUAGAAGUAUAAAGAUGGGACAAGACAGAGUCAAAAUAUUGUCACCAGGUGUAAAUGCCUCUGUUGUUACGAUAUCAUAACAACAUAAUCACCAAUGUUAAGUUGCUUUAACAGCAAAUGCAAUAUUCAAACGCCAGUGAAAUGCAAUUUUUAGUUCAAAUUUUUGGUUUACAGAAAAUUUUAUUCUUAAAAUUGCUCGGUAAAUAUAAUUUUUAUGCUAACAUGUCACUGUUGUGAGCAGCGCCUCUAUAUAUUUUUCACAUUAACUAUUUUUCCAUUAUGCAUUUUGUCCAGUCUUUACCAUUUUAGGUCUUUGUCUUAGUUUUGCAAAUUUUACCACUUACAGAAAUAAAGAACAAUAACCUUAACCCAUUUCGCUCCUCUGUUCGUUUUUUUUUUUUUUUCGAACAGUAAAAAAAAACUCUUUUUCAAAAAAUAUUUAUGUAUGAAAAGGGUAACAUUUCAAACUAAUUUUUAUGUUGGCAGCAAAAGUCUUCUGUCAGUAAUUAAAAAAAAAGAAACCUGAAAAAUAUUCCUCUCCCCCUCGGUGGUAGGCGUACAUUUCUGAAACCCAUAUUUUGGGAUACUUUUUCAAUUAAUUUUAAAAAAUAAAAAAAAUUAAAAAAAUUGUAAAAGUAAUGACGAGGAAUUGGUUUGCAUGCACAAGCGUGGCUUUAAAUAUAUGUAAUCUUGACUGUUUGAAAUUUCGAACACUGGUUCCCGGAAAAAACGGAAAAAUCAGAAAAUUUUUCUGAGUAAAUCAGUGGUCCCAAAUUACGAAAAAAGUAAACUUUUUCAAAAAUAAAAAUUAAAUCUCUGACCGAAAUGGGUUAAUUUUUUAGAGAAAAAUCUAAGGGUGAGAAUUCAUAAAACGUUUUUUGACUGGCUUAAGUCAUCGGCUGACUUCUUCGUAGAGGAAAAAAUAGUUUUAGGUUGACUUAGUUCGAUUUUGGUCCUAAGAUCCUUUGUUCUUUUCCGAAGAAGCCAUCCGAUGACUUAAGCCAGUCAAAAAAGGUUUUUCGGAAGAUUUGUCAAACUUUCUUAUUUUUUACUUUUUCACUUAUUACAUAAAAAGUCACAUUCUCGUUCUAAUACCAAAAUUGAUUCAAAAAAAAGUGUUUUCUCCCAUUGUUGUAUAUCCUUAGUGUCUUGAAUAUAACGCAAUUAUUUUUUUUAUACAUAUUUUCAUUUCUAAAUAACAAAUUGUGAUCUAUAUUAUUAUUAUUGUUUUAAUAGUAAUUUUAAAUGAAUCUUAUCUAACCUCAAUAUACAUACAUUUUUGCAACAUAGUACUUUAAACUUAACCUCAUUUUAAAGCAAUAUCUCUAUAAUAAUACUGGAUAUAUUUUCAUAUAGAUACAACUUAAGGUGGAAGGCCAGUGGGGAACCGAAAAGUUGAUUCCUUAAAAAUUAUUUUUCUAAAACAAAACCUUUUUUUAGCAUUUAAAAGCCAUGUGAUAAAACGCAUUGAUAUGUCAACAACUUUUAAAUGUUUGUUCAAACAUAGGUCGAUUUUUAUACGUUUUCUUAUUCGACGGCAAUCGUUGGUUGUUAUGAUAUGCAUUUUCAACAAUUUUUACAAAUUUGAACAGUUUUUUAUUCAAACUACUGAAUUACGAAAUUGGGUUGACAGUUCAUUGUAGCAGCAGCUGAGUCGAUGUGACUACCUCAUGGAUUUGAUUUAACGAUAAUCGACUUACGGAUCCCUAGCUUCCCCAACUUUUCUAUAAUAGUUAAACUUCAGUUUAUUCUUUGUCUCUUUUUGUUAGCUUUUCUCAGUACGCCAAAGAGAAAAAUAAGUUCAAAAUUAAAUCUAUAAAUGAUUUGGAAAAAAUAACAUUCUGUUGCUCAAAUAUUCUUUGCUGGCCUUCCACCAUUAUUAGUCUUUUUCCUAUCAACCCUUGCUCUCUUUCCCUCUCUUUUUGUUAAAAAAUGUACAUCACCAUGAAAACUGUUAUACUAAAACUAGCAUUUAUAAACAAUUGUUUAACAAUUUAGUUACAAAAACCAA